AUGAUGGAGAAUAUAUCAAUCUCAACUGAUCGAAAGGUUGACAGGAAUGGAACUUUCGGAUUAGCAAGUCUUGGUGCUUUGAUCAAUUCAGAGAGGAGAGGACAAUCAAUCGAUGAGAUAUCAGAUCUUAAGGAUGUACUUAGCAAGUCAUUCUUGGGUCCCUGUUCAUUGGAACUAUUCAAAUAUCCACUUCCAUCACUGACAUCUUCAACAGAGGGUCUAUUCCCAAAGGUGGAAUCAUUCCAAGCUGAUACUCAACCUCCAGUAAUACCACAAACAACCUCAACUACAACACAAUCAACAACAAAUGAUACUAUUAUCACAACAUCAAUACCACCUCCAUCACCUUCACCAUUGAAGGAGAAGGUUGUUGAUGAAUGUGAGUCAGAUAGGAUACAAUUGGAUCAUCAACUUGCCAGGUCCACAUCUAUCUCCAAGACCAAGACGAAGUCCAACAACUCCAAGUCCAAAUCCAAGUCCAAGUACAGGGCUACCGAGGCGACUUCCAAGGACAAGAUGAUGAUGAAAAAGACAUUGAUACUCAAGUCUGGAUCAACAAAGUUGAACUCUAUAUCAUCAAAUAGUGGAUUGGAUGCAACUUUAAAUAAUGUUGGACGUGAGGAGGUGUCCCCACCUAGUUCUGGUUCUCGAAGGACCGGUGCCGCCAGGAUAACCAACUCCAAUGUUGGCAGUACUCGAGGUGUACCAGAUCAACGCCAAUCCAGUGUAAAGGUGUCAACACAAACAAACCGCGCAGUAACCAACCUACCAGAGAAGGAACAGAUCAAACAUCGAAUGUUGAUCACUACAUCACUACAUAACAUUACAAGCGAACUACGUGUAAUCCUUGAGAAAAGGAUAACCAAACAACAAGUGGCAGUGGAGACAGCGCAGAACGCCAAGAUUGUCCAUGAGUGUGAUGGUGUUAAGAACUCAAUCACAUCAUUCAUCAACACAUUGUCCGAGCAACUUGUCGAGAAGAGCCAGGAGCUGGAGACACUGCGGCUAAAGAAGAAGCAGGCCAGCAGCAAGAAGGUCAUUGAAUGUGAGCGAUCCAGACGCCAGCUCGAGUCGGCCAUCUCAUUCCUCAAGAUCGAGCGUCGAAGUGUGUUGGAGCUGAGGGCACGCUUCAUAUCUGUGUGCAACGAGGUCACCUGCAGGUAUGAGCAGUGCAAUCAGAUCGAGCGAACCUUGUCCAAGUGGAACAUAGAGAUGGAUCGAAUAUACGCAGGCAUGCACAAGGAGUCGCCCAUCAUCACGGUGGACUACUUCAAACUUCAGCCAAUGUUCCAAUCAUGUGAUACUGUGAUCAAGGAGCAUAUCGUGGUCAAGCAGGAUAUGAUCAGAGAGUUGACGAGGAGGGAGGCAGCCAGGAACACACUGUUGAUCUACUUAGGCGGUGUAUCCAAGAUCAUAUCAUAUGGCGUUGACAUCAUCACUGAUGAGAGGAUGGUCGAGGUGGCCCGAGUGCGUGGACUGGAGCACCAGGUGCACAUGCUAUAUCACGCACUACAUGAUAAACAAGCUGACAACCUGUACACCGAGCAUGUGCCGCCAAACACCAUCAAUAGAUCAUUCAUGUAUCGCGAACCAAUAGUUGGAGUGGAGAGGACAAUGAGUGCUGGCAGUGGGAUGAUGGAGUCUGCUGCAGGUGGAUGUAGUACAACAACUACUAUGAGUCCGAGGAAUCUGAUCAAUCCAACAUCACCAUUCAGUGUAUCCAGUCUGUCGCCACUCAAUAGGACUGAGGGACACUUGUCACCAGUGGCCAUGUACACCGAUGGACACAGCUCCAUUACCUCUGCCACAUCGGCACCAAUGUCCAAGAUAGCCAUCUCGCCACUCACAACCAUUGAGACACUCUACACACUGCCACCAUCACAAGAGGGACUUCCAGGCUCAUACGCCAUCGAGGUCCUAGUACUCAAUGCCGAUCUAUUCUUCCCAUCGACUUGGAGAAGGAGUGGCGUUGCCAAGAGUAAGGCAUCGAUGUAUAUUGAAUCGUUGGGCAGUAUGACAAUGGAGCAGUUGAUUGAGUGUGCUACCAAUGCACAUAUUGGAGACUCUGAUGACAAGUCAUUCAAGAACAUCGAGUUAUACUUGGCCACAGAGAUGUUUCAGAAGUUCUUUGUAAACAGUCCAUUGUUCUCCUAUGCAUUAUAUCAACAAUGGUUAUUGGUAGAGAUGAAGGAACUUGUCAAACAAUUGUCACGUGAUAAUCAGAUGAUCAUUGAGGCAUUGAUCAAACUGUUGUCCAAGGUAUCAACCAAGAACAAUACUACUACGACAACGACUACCACUACUCAACACAUUGACUAUAGAGUACCUCCACAACUACUCAAAUCAUUCAGUCACCUUAUACUACGCUAUUAA